AUGUUCUGGUUACUUGCCGCUCUAUUACCUCUCUCCAUUUCUGCUUUCGGUUUCGGAGGGUGUGGAUGUGGAAUUCCUCCUCCACCUCCGCUUUGCUUACCGCCCAUUCAACUACCACCGCUAUGCCUUCCUCUACCUCCACCUUGUCCUCCUCCACCCCCACCAUGUGGUUGUAUUCGUCGGGUCUGCAAUCCAUGCGGAUGUGGACGCAAAAAGAGACAAGCGCUUCCACGUCCAGUAGAGGUUGUCACUAGUGAUGAUCGCAGAUGUAACAAUGAAGAACUGAGGGAAAUUAUCCUGAAGGAUAUAAAGACAAAUCAAACUCAAGCAAAGUCGAUCAUCCAUUCUGAGGCGAGAGGUAAAUUCGGCGGCGAUUGGGUGGUCAUAUGCGCUCCUGAACCAGUGUCGUUCGUCACGCAAAGUCAACAGUACUGCUUAGAUGGACAAGACGGAACGUGGUGCUAUGCAUUCCAAAUCAAUUAG